AAGCCUCAGUUAUCUUACAUUUUGGCACACAACAAGUCCUAGCUCUCAGCGUCACGUACAGUUUUAGACUUAGACAAAUAUUGUAAGAAAAUGUUCGGAAAGGUAGUGAUCGUGUGUGGGCUGUUGAGCGUGGCGCGUGCAGGGAUCCUAGCGGGGCACGGCGGCGGCGCGGUGUCCUCUCAGAGCAUCGUGCUCGGUGCGCCAGCCAUAUCACACGGCUAUGCGCCGGCCAUCUCGCACGGCUACGCGCCCGCCAUCUCGCAUAGCUACGCCGCAGCCGCCCCGGCCAUUGCUGCUCCUGCUUAUGGUUUCGGAUUAGGACACAGUGCGGUCGUGGCGCACGCGGCGCCAGUGCUGCGGACAGCCAUCGGCCACGCAGCCGCCCCUGUUGAAAUCUAUGCCCACCCCCGCUACCAGUUCAACUAUGGAGUGGCUGACGGCCACACAGGCGAUCAGAAGAGCCAGUGGGAGGCGCGCGACGGCGACGUCGUGAAGGGACAGUACUCGCUGGUCGAGCCUGAUGGCACCGUCCGUACCGUCAACUACUCCGCCGAUGACCAUAAUGGCUUCAACGCGGUAGUGAGCAGGCACGGUCACGCAGCGCACCCCGCCACCGCCGUGGUCGCCGCCGCCCCGGCCUAUGGUCACGGACACUACCUCGGCUAAACCCGACCUAUCGACCGCCCGCAACCACGACUACUAUUUAUUACUACAUAGUUUAAGCACGGACGGAUUGCGACCACGAAACAUGACUGCUUCGUUAAAACGGCGCCGAUAUGUGUGUACAUCUGCAGAGCGUUUCAUAACAUGUGUUCAGGGACUUACGGCCCAAAAUAGAUUAUUCUUUCGCUAAUCGCAAAACAUCAUUAGAUAGCUUUUGUAUAUUAUUUUCUUUUGUAGUGUAUAAGUAUCUGUUUUCAACUGCGGCAUACAUAUUAUGAAACGUUGGACGCGUUGCUUACGGAGUGCUGGACAAAGGUUUUGGUAUUUGUGACUGAUAUAUUGUAAAUUAAUAUACAUAUUUUCAUAGA